AAAGAGCUUGGCGCGCCGCCGUCGCGGUCUCUCGUGCGCGCGCAGGAACAGCUGUCAUCGGUGCACGAGAGGAGCAGAUCAUCAAACAGCUUCAUCCGUUUUCGUGUUGUCUGCAGUGAUGGCCGCCGGCUCCUCCAGGAUCCUCAUCAGAGGUGGGCGUGUGGUGAACAAUGAUGUCACUGAGGAGGCGGACGUGUUCCUGGAGAACGGGAUCAUCCGGCGGGUCGAGCGGGAACUGGUCAUUCCCGGAGCCGAGGUCAUCGACGCACGCGGAAAACUGGUGAUUCCUGGCGGGAUCGACUCCAGCGUUCACUUCCAGCAGAGCUUCAUGAACGCCUCGACACAAGACGACUUCUACAGCGGAACCAGGGCAGCGCUGUUGGGCGGGACCACGAUGGUGAUUGGUCACGUGAUUCCCGAGAGAGACGCAUCACUGCUGGAGGCGUUUGAGCAGAUGCGCGCUCACGCUGACGCUAACAGCUGCUGUGAUUACGCGCUGCACGUGGGCGUCACCUGGUGUGGGCAGAAGGUGCGGCGGGAGAUGGAGCAGCUGGUGUCCGAGAGAGGCGUAAACUCCUUCCAGAUGUUCAUGGCGUAUAAAGACCUGAUGCUGAGAGACUCUGAGAUCUACCAGACGCUGCAGACCUGCAAACACACCGGAGCCGUCGCGCGCCUGCAUGCGGAGAACGGGGAACUAGUGCUGCAGGGGGCUAAAGAGGCUCUGGAUCUGGGCAUCAGUGGUCCUGAGGGGAUGGAGGUCAGUCGACCGGAGGAGCUGGAGGCCGAGGCCACACACCGAGCCAUAACCAUCGGUAACAGGGCUCACUGUCCAGUGUGUUUGGUGAACGUGUCCAGUAUUUCAGCGGCCGACGUCAUUGCUGCCGCCCGAAUGCAAGGUAAGGUGGUUGUCGCGGAGACGACCGUGGCUCACUCUGCUCUCAGUGGGAGUCAUUAUUAUCAUCAGGACUGGACUCACGCCGCCGCUCACGUCAUAGCUCCGCCCCUCCGGCUCGACCCCAACACCCCCGACUACCUCAUUGGCCUGCUGGGCAAUGACAUCAUAAACGUGGUGGCGUCGGAUCAUCGAGCGUUUAACCGGAAGCAGAAAGCCUUGGGAAAAGAGGAUUUCACCAAGAUCCCUCACGGGGCGGCCGGAGUCGAGGAUCGCAUGAGUGUUAUCUGGGAGAGAGGAGUGGUCUCUGGUAAGAUGGAUGAGAACCGGUUUGUUGCUGUGACGAGUUCUAACGCCGCUAAGAUCUACAACCUGUACCCGCGGAAGGGACGCAUCACACCCGGGGCCGACGCUGAUGUGGUGGUGUGGGACCCGGACGCCUGCCGGACGAUCUCCGCGAGCUCUCAGGCUCAGGGCGGAGACUUUAACCUGUUCGAGAACCAGCGCUGUCACGGCGUGCCACUGGUGACCAUCAGCCGCGGGCGAGUGGUGUGUGUGAACGGUGUGUUUUCCUGCGCGCAGGGAUCGGGACGCUUCUGCUCGAUGCCGGCCUUCCCCGAUAUACUCUACAAGAAGAUCAUUCAGAGAGAAAAGACUCGGAGUUUGCGCGGGGUGGACCGAGCGCCGUAUUCGGGCGAUGUUGCCACGGUAACCAACUCAAGCCGGAAGGAACCGGUCACUCCAGAGAGCGACGUUCCCACGCGAGCGGCCGUCAGACACACAGGAGUACGAGACCUGCACGAGUCCAGCUUCAGCCUGUCAGGUUCUCAAGUGGACGAUCACGUUCCUCAGAGACCCUCGGCUCGGAUCCUGGCUCCGCCCGGCGGACGCUCCAGCGGGAUCUGGUGACGGGUCAUGUGACUGAAACCUGUGGUACACACACGCGUUACACACUUCCUGAAUAUUUUUAUAUGAUUAUUUUCCAGAAGCCUUUAGUUAAAAAUAAUCCUAUAAAAAUUGUCCCCGCAUCACAUGACAUCGCCAAACGAGAUGAUGAGGGAAAACUAUUAUUAUUCAGUAUUAUAAAUGAUAUAAAUGUUGUUUAUAGUUUGUACACACACAUGCACUGUGAAUCCCUCCACAUUUAAAGCUCACACACUCAUCUCACCGUCUGUGUUUAUAGUGAUGAUGAUGAUGAUGGUGAUGCCCACAGUAUAUGAAUACAGUGUCUGUGAAAUAUUUAUAUUUUACGUAUAUAUUUAUAUAAAAAUCGUUUAUUGUUAGUUGUGAUGGUCUUGGUUUUGUAAUAACGAAAUAUAUAAAGCGUCAGUGACUGAUUUUACGUGUGAACCGUCCGUGAUCCUGCUGUUGAAAUCCCUGCUCACACACACUCCGCUCACAGUGAACACGGAUGUGUGUCACAAUCAGAUUGAGAUGUUGAUUCUGAUCAAACAGGAACUGGAUUGAGUUUGAGCUGCACAGAUUCGUGUGUGUGUGUGUGUGUGUGUGUGUGUGUGUGAAAGUUGACCCAGGGCUGAUUUCCACUGGUGCUGUUUUUUUAAUGCAGAAUCUUUAUGGCGAUUCUCAAUUUAUUAUGAUUUAUGUGUUUUUUACUUUUCAGAAAAAGCAGUUUGUAAUUGUGUUGUUUGACAGUGAGUCCUGAAACUGGAGGCUUGUUUUCUUCUAUCACACGGAGAAGUGCAAAAAUAAACACAAUCCCUAUGAAA